CUGAAAGUAGCAAGCCAAGCCCCGACGGGUUGCUGCGGCCAUCUCCCACCUGAUGACGCGCCAUGCUGAAAAACAGGAAACGGGAUCUUGGGAGAGGCGGAAAUUGCAGUGCUCAGCAGAGCUCGUAAGGGCCAGCAGGCUGAGACGAGGAGCGGGCGUCGCGUCGGCAAGGAAGGCGCCUGAGUAGCGGGGAAGUGGGCUGGCCGCAAAAUGUGGAAAGCAUCGGCAGGCCAUAGCAUCAGUCUGAGCCAGGAUGAUGGUGCUGAUGAUUGGGAGACAGAUCCUGACUUUGUGAAUGAUGUAAGUGAAAAAGAACAGCGCUGGGGUGCUAAAACUGUCCAAGGAUCUGGUCACCAGGAACAUAUCAACAUUCAUCAACUUCGAGAAAAUGUAUUCCAAGAGCACCGGUCCCUCAAGGAGAAAGAGCUUGAAUCAGGACCCCAAGCUUCGCAUGGCUAUGGAGGGAAGUUUGGCGUGGAACAGGACCGCAUGGACAAAUCAGCCGUUGGACAUGAAUAUCAAUCCAAGCUUUCUAAGCAUUGCUCCCAGGUGGAUUCGGUUAAAGGCUUUGGUGGCAAGUUUGGCGUCCAGGUUGACAGGGUUGACCAGUCUGCUGUGGGAUUUGAAUACCAAGGAAAAACAGAGAAACAUGCUUCUCAGAAAGACUACUCAAGUGGAUUUGGUGGGAAGUACGGUGUGCAGGCUGACAGAGUAGACAAGAGUGCCAUGGGAUUUGAUUACCAAGGAAAAACAGAGAAACAUGAAUCCCAGAAAGAUUAUUCUAAAGGUUUUGGUGGUAAAUAUGGUGUGGACAAAGAGAAAGUGGAUAAAAGUGCUGUUGGCUUUGAAUACCAGGGCAAAACUGAAAAACAUGAAUCACAGAAAGACUAUACGAAAGGUUUCGGUGGAAAGUUUGGCAUACAGACUGACAGACAGGAUAAAUGUGCACUUGGCUGGGAUCACCAGGAAAAAGUACAGUUGCACGAAUCUCAAAAAG